UAAGGGCUUAGUGGACCACUGUCACACUUCACAUGUGCGCUGAAACAAACCUCAAUUGAGUAACAUAUUUUUUAAGCAGUGAAAUUCCCGGCAGCUACACAAGAUGUCAGUCCGAGCAAUUGGAGUGCUGGGUCAGGCACGUCACCUAUGCCGCCUUACAGGGUCAAUGCGCCAAUGCCGUCGCCCCGCUUUGGGUGCUCUCAGUCGCGCGGUGGAUUCGCAGCGAUCGCCGGCCGUCUACUUCUUUCCAGGCUUUCAGUUGCGGUGCUUUGCUACCGAAACAGAGGCCAAGUCUGGUAAUGUUGUAGACAAGCACGAGUUCCAGGCGGAAACACGCCAGCUUCUAGACAUUGUGGCCCGCUCGCUGUACUCCGACCAUGAGGUUUUCGUCCGAGAACUUAUUUCUAAUGCCAGCGAUGCACUGGAAAAGUUCCGUUAUACACUUCUUAGCAGUGGAGAAGCGGACCUGGCGGGCAAGGAUCGGCCUCUGGAGAUCCGCAUCACCACGGACAAGCCGCUAAUGCAACUGACUAUCCAAGACACGGGAAUAGGAAUGACAAAGGAGGAGUUGAUCAGCAACCUUGGUACAAUUGCUCGCAGCGGCUCCAAACAGUUCCUUGAGCAAAUGAAGAGCAGCCAAAAAGGUGCCUCGUCUGAGGCUUCCUCCAACAUUAUCGGACAGUUCGGCGUUGGCUUUUACUCGGCCUUCAUUGUGGCCAACAAGGUUGAGGUCUAUACUCGGGCGGCCGUGCCAAAUGCACCUGGAUUGCGCUGGUCCACGGAUGGUAGUGGUUCUUAUGAAAUCGAGGAAUCGUCGGAAGCCGAGUUGGGAACAAAGAUCGUGUUGCAUCUAAAGACGGAUUGCCGAGAGUACGCUGACGAAGAUCGCAUCAAGGCUGUAAUAAAGAAGUACAGUAACUUUGUGGGCUCACCGAUCCUUCUUAACGGUAAACAGGCUAACGAGAUCAAACCGUUGUGGCUAUUAGAUCCUCAAAGUAUCAGCAAGGAACAACACCACGACUUCUAUCGUUUCAUUAGCAACAGCUUUGAUAUUCCUCGCUUCACACUCCAUUACAAGGCCGAUGUGCCGCUAAGUAUUCAUGCGCUACUGUACUUCCCGGAGGGCAAACCCGGUCUGUUUGAGAUGUCUCGCGACGGAAACACUGGCGUUGCCCUUUAUACUCGUAAAGUGCUCAUCCAAUCUAAAACCGAGCACUUACUGCCAAAGUGGCUGCGUUUCGUGAAGGGCGUUGUCGACUCCGAGGACAUUCCGCUGAAUCUCAGCCGUGAACUGCUCCAGAACAGCAGCUUAAUCCGCAAGCUUUCGAGUGUGAUCUCCACCAGAGUUAUCCGCUUCCUGCAGGAACGCGCCAAAAAGCAACCAGAAGAGUACGAGGCCUUCUAUCAGGACUACGGACUUUUCUUAAAGGAGGGGAUCGUCACUUCCAAUGACCCGACCGAGAAGGAAGAGGUUGCCAAGCUCCUGCGUUUUGAUUCUUCAAAGUCUGAUACGCCAAGUGGUCGUAUGUCUCUGGAGGAAUACUACAAGACUGUUCCAGCUGAGCAGCAGAACAUUUACUAUCUGGCAGCGCCCAACCGAGUCCUGGCUGAGUCGUCGCCGUACUACGAGAGUCUAAAGAAGCGUAACGAACUGGUUCUAUUUUGUUACGAACCCUAUGACGAGCUGGUCCUGAUGCAACUGGGCAAAUUCAAAAGCAAAAAGCUGGUGUCUGUAGAAAAAGAGAUGCGCGAGGAAUCUAAGGAUGUUAAUGCUACCACCGACUUUGGCGAAGGCAGUUUGCUGCACUCUGAACUGGACUCUCUAAUACCCUGGCUGGAAGGAGAACUAAAGGGCCAAGUCGCCAAGGUAAAGGCCACCUCCCGCUUAGACACUCAUCCGUGUGUAAUUACCGUUGAGGAAAUGGCAGCGGCGCGUCAUUUCAUUCGCACUCAAAGCCACCAGGUUCCAGAGCAGAAUCGAUUUGCUCUUUUGCAGCCUGAGUUGGAAAUUAAUCCAAAGCACCCUAUUAUCAAGAAGCUCAAUAAGCUCCGUGAAAGCGACCAGGAGCUGGCCCAGCUUAUUGCCAAACAGCUCUUUGCAAACGCAAUGGUGGGUGCUGGCUUGGCGGAGGAUCCGCGAAUGCUCUUGACCAACAUGAACACCCUGCUGACACGUGCAUUAGAAAAGUACUAAAGUACAGAUGAGCGGUGCUCCUUUGUUAUCUACCGAUAUUCGUUUAAUUAGUUAAUAAAAAUUUUUAAAAUAGGUGUAUA